GAAAGAAACAGACAAAAAAAAAAAAAAGAGAAAAAAGAAUAAUCCCACAUGAAUACGUGUACGUCUGUCCACACGCUCUCUAAUACACACCCUACCCCCCUCUCCGCCCUCGCCAGAUACAAACCCCAAUACGCCCACAGCUACCCCCUCACCCACCCACCCCUUAGCUCUCUCUCUCUCCCGCCUGCAGUUCUUCAAGUCGCGCGCCGUCAAGUGCUGUCGGCGCGCUCUCCUCGGCCGCGGUUUCUCCCGUCGGGGCGAAGGCAGCUUCCACAUGCCCUCUCUGCUGCAGGGGAGGAAGGUCUCGCGCACCAACACUCCCCCCAAGGACUCCCUCGCCAAUGAGAAGAAAGAGGGCCCGCCCCGCCAGGACGCCGCCCCCGCCGCCCCUCAGCCUCCCAAGAGCGUCCCCGCCCACAAGUCCUCCUACUACAGCGACUCCGGCACCGGCUCCUACUCGGGCGUGGACGUGCCGUUGGUCGCGGGCGUGGAGGUGCCCUUAGUCGACGGGGUGGAGGCGCAGGCACUGUCGCAGGACGCCCUCCUCCGCCCGGGCUCCAAGGGCGGCUCCCUGCACCAGACCCUGAGCAAGAGCCUGUCCGUGGUGAUACCCAUCCCGCUCUUCACCUCCGAGCAGUACCGCGUGGCUGCCUGUGGGCGUGGCGAGUGUGGGGGCGGGCACUACUGUCUGGUGGGCGGCGAUCACCACCUCGACUGCUUCUCUCGUCCCGUGCAGAGGUUCAGCUCGUCUGCUUCUGCUUGCGAGCGGAGCAGGUCGCCCUUCAUAACAGUCAGCGACUGUGAAGACACGGGCGUCUUCCGCAGCAAGUCCUGGAGCUGCCACACGCACCAGGACCCGCAGCCGCAGUACCGCACUCAGAGCACCCAGACCCUCACCUGCGGCUACCCCUGCGCCGACGACGCCCAAGAUGCCCCUCAGCCUCCGACGCAUCUCAAGGCCAACAACCUACCCGUCAGCUGCGAGACGCCUUUGCUGACAGGAACCGCGUCUCAGGACCACCUCUUCGUCGCUGACUGUGGUCGGGGGAAGCUCGCGGCUCAGCAACAGCAGGCGACUCCGAGCCAAGCUGACUUUCCGAAACAGUUGGAAUCAAAGGGUUGACUUCUGAGCCUUUGAAACUGUCGAGGUGUUCGAGUGCGUUCGAUUUUUUUUCCUCAAUAUAGUCUCGUAUAGAACUACAUUUUUUUGGAAUCUUUUGUGUCUGUGCUAAAAAACAAAACAAAAUGUUGGUGUUUCAUAAACAGUAGAAUUUAAGGCUCUGGUGCUGAGUUUUAACACGUUGAUUUCCUUCAUUGAUUGUGAUAAAAAGACUUCGUGUAAGCUUACCUACGUGUUAGAGACAUGAAGAAACACGAUACUUCAAGGAUCUCUUUUUGAUUUUGAAAAGAGAAUUUUAUUGCAAGACGAAUGAAUGAAAAUGAUUUUUAUUUUGAUUCCGUCUUUUAUGGUAACUACAUUCUAUAGUGUUCGUAGCAAACUCUCUAGUCAUAUGCAUUAUUAUUUUUCUAUAGCUUUUUAUAUCAACAAAUUAAUUUUGUAAUGGAUAAUGGAUAUUUUAUAAACACUUAAAUGUGUAGAUACUUAACAUAAAGCUAAUAUUGUAUGCAUGAUUUAAGCUUAAACCGCUAAGCAUAUGUUUCUUGUUGUUGAUGACUGUGCUAAUCAGGGAAACAACACGGUCAUAAAUCCUCAAGAGAAUGUUUUAAAUGUAUAUAAGUUUAUAUAUAUAUAUGUGUGUG